AACUAAUUUACUACAAAUGUUUUUUUGUUUUUCAAGACAGACUUGCCUAAGGAACAAGCUCCCUGAUGUGUGAUGAACAGUACAUGUUUUUGUGAAAACCUGUGUCAAAGAUGGAGAUAAUGGCUGAUAAAGAGGUGCUUUUGAAGACACUGGAAGAUUUGGCAGAUGAAGAAUUCAAGAAGUUCAAGUGGUUCCUGCAGGAUCCUGUCAUCCUGGUGGGAUCCCAAGCCAUCCCAAAGAACCAACUAGAAAACGCAGAAAGGACAGACACAGUCGAUAAGAUCAUACAGACCUUCAGCCAUCAGUCUGUAGAAGUGGUGAAGAAGGUUUUAAAGAAAAUUCAUAGGAAUGAUCUGGUGGAGAAAUUAUCAAGCAUCAGCACAGGAGAACAAGACGUGUUUCAGAGGAGGAAAUCUGAGGCCUGUUCUCUGCCCAACACAUUGUUGGAGGUCCCAGUCUCUCCACAGAUCCCUACCCCACCCCAGACCACCAGCCCCAGUGCAACCACACUGCCUGGACCGUCUAAACCUACCGCCCUGCUUCAGAGCCCUCCGGUGGACAAAGCUCAGAACACCUCAUCCAAAUAUGACAACAUCACCUGCAAAGUUCUUAUCCAAUCAGGAUCUCCCACUCUCUACCAGCUGAUACCAAAGGAAGAGAAGAUUGAAUCUCUGACAAGAAUGACUCUUGGUGAAAAAAAUCCAAACGAGAAAAACAAAACCAUCUUACUUGUUGGUGAAACAGGAACAGGAAAAUCUACUCUGGUCAACGCUCUGGUCAACUACGCCAUGGGAGUGGAGUGGGAGGAUGAUGUCUGGUUUAAGAUCGUAGAAGACGAGAAGAGAAGUCAGGGUGAAAGUCAGACAUCAGAUGUGAUCGUGUACCAGAUCUUUGGUUUUGAAGAUAAAACUCUGCCCUACUCUCUGACCAUCAUCGAUACUCCUGGAUACGGAGACACCACAGGGAUUGAACACGACGCCAUCGUCAGUCAACAAUUUUUUGACUUGUUUCACUCAGUCGAUGGAGUUCAUGAGGUUGAUGCAGUUGGUCUGGUGAUGAAAGGGAGUGAGAAUCGACUGAAUGACCGUCUGAGGUACAUCUUUGAUUCAGUGAUGUCUCUGUUUGGAAAAGACAUAGAGAAGAACAUUGUCACUCUCAUAACACACUCAAAUGGUGUGACACCUGAAAAUGUUCUAAAAGCUCUCAAGGCUGCGAAGUUUAGAUGUGCCAAAGAUGAGAAGAAUCAGCCGGUUCACUUCCUGUUUGAUAACUGCCAAAAUGAACUCAGGACAGAGAACACAAUGUAUCUCAAAAAUGCAGAUGAAAUAUCAAUGAAAGGAAUGAGUCAGUUCACAGAUUUCCUGAAUAUACCUUUGCAUCAGAACCUGAAGACAACUGUUGAAGUGUUGAAGGCUCGCAUCGGACUGACAGAUGGUAUCAAAAACCUGCAAGAGAGAAUUCAGUCGAUUGAUCUAAAACAGGAAGAAAUCAAGCAGACUCAGGAAGCUCUGAACAUACAUAAAGAAGAGAUGAAGAACAAUGAGAAGUUCACUGAAGAAGUUGAUGAGCCCUACAAAGUUAAACAAAAAGUCAGCAGAGAGAGGAGGUGGUGGGCACUUGGGUUAAAUCAUGGAGGAGCUGUCUGCUGUACUGUCUGUAAGGAGAACUGUCACUAUCCAUGCACACUGGCCUGGUAUCCAGAACACUGUUGGAUCAUGAAAGAUGGACGCUGCACUGUAUGUACCGGGAAGUGUCCUGCAUCAGAUCAUGUGAAGGAAAAACAAUGCACUGACUGUGAGGGUAAGUGUUCAGAUGAAUCAAGUCAUGUCAAAAAACACUGGAUCUAUGUGACCAAGACAAGGAAAGUUCAGAAGACCGAACAAGAUGUGAAGGACAAGUAUGAACAGAACAAAGCAGAAAGGGAGAUAAAGUUGAGCCUUUUGGAAACUCUUGAGAAAAACAUGGAAGAACUUCAGAAAGACAAAGAUCGGUUGUUGGAAGAGUCCUUUCAGCAUGUUGUCCAACUGGAGCAGAUCGCCCUGAAGGUUGAUGCAGUAUCCACUCAGGUUGACUUGGACUUCCUGAUUGAGAAGAUGAAGGAGAAAGGAGACAUGGAGAAGAAGAAGAAACUGGAAGAGAUGAAACGUCUAAUGGAUAAAGAUAAAGGAAUCAAAGCAGCGCUGCGCUACAAGUUUGGUAAACUAAGAGAAGCUGUUGGUAUUUAAAGAAGUAGUGAUGAAGUAGA